AGUUUCUGUUUGGUUUCCGUCGCUACAUUCAUUUGUAAAUCUAUGGACUCGCAACACGGACGAAAUGUUUGAUUCUUCGUCCUUGCUCGUAAGCAAUGAGGACAAUCGUGAGGCCAGUGUAGUGAUGCUACAUAGCUUGCAAAGCUGUGUUAGAAUACCUGAUACAACAAAAUCGUCCAUACAGUGCUCAGGAUGUUUUCCAGAACAUGGGAAAAGAUCUGGGAAAAACAGCUGUUGUCAGAGCACUGGAAACACUUGCAGAAACCAAACAAAUAAAGGAAAAGAUAUAUGGCAAACAAAAAGUAUAUGUUGCUGACCAGAGUCAGCUUCCUGCUCUAAAUGAAAAUGAAAUAAAAGCGAUGGACCAACAGAUUACACAGCUGACAGGACAACUUCAGCAGAGUCAGGUUGAGACACAGAGACUUGAAGGAGAGUUACAAAACUACAAAAGUCUGCUCUCUACAGAAGAGGCUAAAGCAGAACUGCAGAAAACAAUCAGAGAUGUUGAACAGCUGACAGCGAAAAUCCAGCAGCUAAAAGAAGGACGAGUACUAGUGUCCAAGGAGGACAGAGAAAAGGUUUUGAAGAGAAGAAACCAUUAUGUUAAAGAGUGGAGGAAACGGAAGAGAAUUUCAAUGGAUAUUGUUGGUGCAGUUCUGGAAGGUUACCAAAAGACAAAGAGACAACUACUUGAAGAGAUUGGCAUUGAAACAGAUGAAGACCACAGUGUUGUGCCUCCUGAUAUCUGAAGUGCAUUUAGUUUAGGCUGUCACAGUUGUCUUAGGACUUUUUCUUUGUCAUGUUAUACGCUGUUUGUAAAGCUUUGAAAAAUGAAAAUGUUGUCAUUGUAAUUUUGAAUAUGAAAAUUGAAAUAGUGGCAAUCAUCUCUCUUAUUUUCUUUGUUUAAUGGAGCAUCAUAUACUCCACUGGUAUGCUAUAAGGCAAAUCAGAGUCAAGAACUUUUGGCAUCUUGUCAGAGCAUAGCACUACCACAAAUCCUCUAUAAAAAUGUAAAUUUUUAAUCAAUUCUUUUACAAAGAACUCUGAGCAUAUAUACACACACAGGAUGUCCCCAAAUAAUUAUAAAGGCAGUGUGUAUUAAUAUACAUUUGUUAAAAUGUAAUUCAAUGUACUGAGAUUAUUUGUUUGUUAAUGCCUAUUUUCAAGCCAGUCUCCAUUCUGAGUGAGACACUGCUGAUACAUGAAUGUAAUUGCAAACAUCAAGAAACUGUUCUCAAACUGCAAAUUCAAAUUUUAAUAAAUUUUAGUGGGUGAAAUCUGAAAGAAAGAAACAUUAACUGUACCAUCAGCUGUUUAAAUAUAUAUAUAUUAUUUGAAGAAUGUGCACACAGAAAGAGAUGGUCAUAAACAUAAUUCAGCAAUAGUUUAAAUUUAAUACUCUGGAUUAUUUAGACAGAAUGCAAUCAGUUGCAAAUACUUGCAGGAAAAACUAAUCAAUGAGCCUGCUUUUGCAAUGUUGAAAGGGAAAAGUUUAAUUAUUGAUACUGACCGUUUUCCAAACCCAGAACAGCAAUGUUUAAAACCUUUAACAAAACCAACUCAUUUGAAAAUAUUACACUCGGGAUGACAUUUAAAUGUUAUGCACGGGGAAAUAUUAAUAUUGCCUUCAGUAUCAUAUUUCUGUAGUUUGUUAUCAGUAUUGGAUAAUGUACUCACUAUUAUUGCAGUAUUAGAUAAUGUAUCUAGAUAAGAAUGUGUGAUCUUUAUUCCUGCGGAAUCAUGUUUAUCGCAUGGAAACAAAAUACAUCCAUCGCGAACAGUACUGCAUUUCAUCAAAAAAAUUUCCUUCCUAGUACGCACUUAUUAAGAUAGGUUGCUAUUUUU